CCAUACAAUAGUCACCGCUUGGCGCUCUUCCAUUGAGGUCUGAAUCGUGACUGCGCUUGUUCAAUUAGUCUCGCGUCUCGGCUCAUUUAGAUUAUGGAACAGUUCUUGAUACUGUGCGGUAUCAUUAUAAAGCUGCUUCUUCUGCCUAGGCUCAGCUCGGCACAGCAAGUGCCGCCCAUUGCCUGCCCGGAAUACUUUGAGUAUCUGGCAUACAAUCAGGAAUACGUGGGUCGCAUUUCGAUACGACAUGAUCCACAGUAUCAGGAAAACACGCUCAGAGUUGAGUUCUCACAGCCAGGAAGUCUAAGCUCGAAUUACGUCGGCAGCCUCACUCUGUGGGAUGACGAAGAGACAACCAAGUCUAACCUGCGCUAUGGACUUCCUAUCAAGUAUCGCGUGGAUUUUCCCACUCCCGGCGUGCUGCCUAAGCUGACAUUGAUGAUGAUCAACGAUGUUGUCCUAUGCCGGGCAUCGCCAUAUCCCCCGAGCAGUGUAACGCUGACGUUGUCACAUUCGCUACGCUCUACCUCAGUGCCGCUGUUCACCCAAGAUCCUCGAUUCGUCCAGCAAACAAAUCAGCCACAGCGACCUAUUUGGGGACAAAGUGUGGCGCAACCGCAACCACAGCGGCCCACAUUCAGUAAUCCACAAGUGCCUAUUCCGACAUCAGUAGCGCCACAAUUGCCGCCUGCUAAAGUUGCUCCUCGCCCCAGGCCACCAGCACCCGCACCCGCACCAGCAACCGCUGCAGGCGGACUUGCCCAGCUCUCUGAGAUCUGCGGCCGAGAAGGGCCGGUCACAUCGCCUCUACUUCACUUUGGCAGCCAGGUGCGUCGCGGCCAGCUGCCUUGGAUGGCCGCCCUGUAUGAGCGUGGUCCCGACGGUCUUCGCUUCUUCUGUGGCGGUACGCUCAUCUCGGCCUCUACGGUGCUGUCGGCGGCGCACUGCUUCGUUUACGCCGAGCGAAACUUGCCGCCGAGCCGUGUCGGUGUUUCGCUGGGCCGCAACACAUUGGACUUGGUAUCGGACGGCCUGUUGGGUGAGGUAUCUGUGCUGAUGGUACACGAAGCAUACACGCCCAGAAACUACUCGAAUGCGGACAUAGCGCUGCUCAAGCUUUCGUCUCCAGUGAGCUUUGGCGAAUACAUCAAGCCCAUUUGCCUGUGGAAUGAGAAUUUUCGGUUGCAGCUGCCAUCUGGCUACAAGUCCUACGUGGCUGGCUGGGGAUCCGACGAGCAUGGAAACCCGAACACGCGCGUAGCCAAGAUGACCGAUACGGAUAUUAUCACAGAGGCCGAGUGCCUGCGCAGUCUGAGAUCCAGCGAGGGCAUCAGACUGGUCACGCAAAACACAAUUUGUGCGAGCAAUAAACAGGCGGCGGGACCCUGCAGCGGCGACUCCGGCGGCGGCCUCAUGCUCCAGGAGAACAAUAUCUGGCUGCUGCGCGGCGUCGUCUCCGCUGGCCAGGUGUUUACCAAUCGCUGCGAUUUGACGCAGCCCGUCAUCUAUACAGAUCUGGCGAGGCAUAUUAGUUGGCUGCGCCAGCACAUCUGGCUCUGACUCGACUCGUUUCUUUUUAGGCUUUAGUUAACUUGUGAUAAGUGGAAGAGAGAGAGAGAGAGAGAGAGAGAGAGAGAA